GUCAGGAUGCCGGAACAGAGUAACGACUAUCGAGUCGUUGUCUUCGGAGCAGGUGGUGUUGGGAAGAGUUCUUUGGUUUUGCGCUUCGUGAAAGGCACCUUUCGGGAAUCAUAUAUACCAACCAUCGAGGACACCUAUAGACAGGUGAUCAGCUGCAACAAAAAUAUUUGCACGCUUCAAAUUACGGACACAACGGGGUCUCAUCAGUUUCCUGCAAUGCAACGACUUUCCAUAAGCAAAGGGCAUGCCUUCAUCUUGGUGUACUCCGUCUGCUCGCGACAGAGUCUUGAGGAACUUCGACCGAUUUGGGCUGUCAUUCGAGAACUUAAAGGACAGGAUAUUUCACAAAUACCUAUAAUGCUGGUCGGAAACAAAUGUGAUGAGAGUCCUUCUGUGAGGGAAGUAUCAUUGAGUGAAGGAGCAGCAGAAGCAGCGAAUUGGGGCUGUGGUUUUCUAGAGACCUCGGCGAAAACGAAUCACAACGUAAAUACUCUUUUUAGGGAUCUACUAACGCUUGAGAAGAACCGAUCAGUUUCGCUGCAACCGGUACAGAGUAGUAACGCGAUAAGCCUUAAGGAAAAGUGUGCUGUUAUGUAA